AUGCAACAAUCAAAACAUUCUAAACAUCAUAAUGAUUAUCAACAUCAUCAUCAUCAUCGUCAUCGUCAUCAUCAUCGAUCAAAACGAUCAUCGCCUAUACCGAUCAAUGGUGAUAAUACUGAUCAAUAUUUAUAUCAUAAUGGUUAUCAUCAAACAACUAUUCCAACUCCAAUACCAUUACCAUUAUCACCAAUGAUUCAAUGCUCCGCUUAUUUUAUUCAUCGACUUGACUUAGAUAAUUAUACGGUAAAUACAUUAAGACAAACAGUUGAUAGAAUUGUAUCAGGACCAAAAUCAAAAGGAUUGAAAGUAAAAUUAUCUUUGCCAGAUGAUGGUUUAAUUAUUGAUAAUAUACCUGAUCCAAAUCAAUCAUGGAUGUAUAAAAGAUCUGAAUUAUUAUAUUUUUGGUAUGAUUCACAUUAUUUAAAUAUAGUUGUUAUCAUAACAAAUAAUCGUUCAUCUUAUCAUGCAACUGGACUUUAUUCAGCAUCAAUAUUUCGUUUACGUGGAAAUGAAUCAGUUCAAUUAUUUAUUCAACGAGCACAAGAAUUUUUUGCUCAUUUAUCAGCAUUUCCUAUGUCAAAAAGUAGUUCAAAAAUAUUACCUACACAAGGAAUUUCUGUAGAUAAUUGGAUAACUGAUAAUGGUAAAAUAAAACGUAAAGAUAGAACUAAACAUCAUUCAAUAACAAGAAAAGAACCAGAUAUUGAAUUAACUCGUUCAUUACAAACAAGUCCUGUUCGUGCAACUUCAAGAACAGAAUUUGAACCUGAAAAAUUAAAAACAACAGAUUCAAGUUUAAAUCUAUAUAAUCAUCGAACAUUUAAUGAAACACCAAUGUUAAAUGAUGCACAAAUAGCAAAUUUAAUGAAAUUUGAUAAUAAUUAUAAUCAUAUCAAUGACAAUAAUAUAUUAUCACCAUCAAAUAAUAAUAUUAAUAAUAAUAAUAAUAUUUCAGGUGAUUUAGUUGCUGUAUUAAUACGUGAAUUAAAAGAAUUACGAACUGAAAUAGCUGAAUUAAAAUUCGAAGCAAGAUAUACACCAGUACAUACAACAAUGGCUAGUCCACCAUUUAUUUUUGAUGGUAUAAAAGAAAGUUUAAAUUCAUCACCAUCAUUUGUUAAAUUACGAUUACAUUCAGAUAUUGAUGCUGAAACACAAACUGAUUUUGGUUUAAUGAAUCAUCAACAACAAGAAUUUUCAAAUAAAAAUAAAACUUCAAUAACAAAUACAAAAAAAAAGGAACGUUCAAAUAAAACAAUUAAUAGAUAUAUAUCUUCAAAUAAUAUUGAAACUAAUCAACAAGAUCCAAAGUUGAUGAAUUUUUCUUCAACAAAUGGUUCAUCUAAUGGAAUAAUUUCUUCAUCUACAACACAAGAUGAAUAUCGAACAAAAACAAAUUUAUUAAAACCACGUGGUUUAUUAAGACCAUCUGAAAAUGGUCAUACUCAUUCAAAUAAUUCGAUAUCCUCGAAAAUAUUCGAUAAAAAUCAAAUAAUAUCAAAUUCUAUUGAAGAAGAUUCGUCUUUAAAAAUGACAUCUGUAACUGUUGAGAAAGAAAUACCAAAACUUUUUCCUACGAAAGUUUAUUCUGCUCCAAUCGAUGGAAAAUCUUCAUUAACAAUAAAACAUAGUGAUAUUACAAAUUUUCGUCCAUCUCUAAUAGGUACUGUUACACAUCCGGAACAUUUCUAUGAAAAUAUACCUAUUUCAAUUAAAACGGAUUCAAAUCAAAAUUUUUUUAUUAAUGGUAAUAAUCAAAAAGAAAAAACAUCUCAACUUUAUGUUAAUAUUACUAAUGAUCCUAAUACUGAACUUCAACAACAAUAUCUUACACAAUUAUUUGGAACACAACGUGGAUUAUCAUUACUUCUUCAACGACAAUCAACAUCAUCUAAUUCACCUUCACUUUCAGAAGAAGAUAAUUCUAUAAUACAAGAUACAACAUCAAAUAAUCAUCAAUAUGGUCAACCAGUUGUUUUUGCUAAUUAUUUAACAAAUCCAUUAUUUAAUGUUGAUAAAGAAUUGUUAGCAAAUACAAUAGCUAAUCAAUUUGGUGUUGAUUAUAAUUCACCAUAUUUAUCACAACUUAUUGCAAAUCAACAUUUAUUUGUUACAGAUAAACGUACAUUUGCUAAUAUGAUUUGGCAAAUAACACCUGAAGAAGAAGAAGCUCUAUGUGCAUCACCAAUAACAAUAGCAUCAAAUAUUAUUAUUAAAAAUACAUAUGAUUCAAAUAAUUCAAUAGCUAAAUCUAUAUUAAAAUCAAAUAGACAUUCUCGUUCUAUAUCAAAAAAAUCACGUAUUACUUGGGAUAAUACAUUAGAAUAG